CCCGGGCCGGGGCCUCGUCGGGGCCCGACAUGAGGCGGGUCCCGGCCGGGCCCCUCGCCCGCCUGGGGAUCGGGCUGUGGUGCCGCCGCCUCCUCCCUCGGUCCCCGGCCCCGUCCCUGUCCUCGUCGGCCAUGGAGGCGGCCUUCCGCGCGACGCGCAGGGUGCUGUGCGUGGCCGAGAAGAACGACGCCGCCAAAGGCAUCGCCGACCUCCUGUCCGACAGCAGGAUGACAAGGAGAGAAGGAUUUUCCAGGUUCAACAAGAUAUAUGAAUUUGACUAUCGUUUGUAUGGACAGAAUGUUACCAUGGUGAUGACUUCUGUUUCUGGACACUUGCUGGCUCAUGAUUUCCAGAUGCAGUUUCGAAAAUGGCAAAGCUGCAAUCCCCUGAUCCUCUUCGAAGCUGAAAUCGAGAAGUACUGUCCAGAAAACUUUGUGGAUAUCAAGAGAACCCUGGAGCGAGAAGCCCAGCAGUGCCAGACGCUAAUGAUCUGGACCGAUUGCGAUCGCGAAGGGGAGAACAUCGGGUUUGAAGUCAUCCAUGUGUGUAAAGCUGUGAAGCCGAGCCUUCGGGUUUUCAGAGCCCGUUUCUCUGAGAUCACCCCCCGGGCUGUCCGGAUGGCCUGUGAGACGCUCACUGAACCGGAUCAGAGAGUGAGUGAUGCUGUGGAUGUGAGACAGGAAUUGGACCUGAGGAUAGGUGCUGCCUUCACCAGGUUCCAGACCUUGAGGCUCCAGAGGAUAUUUCCUGAGGUGUUGGCCGAGCAGCUAAUUAGUUACGGUAGCUGUCAGUUUCCAACACUGGGCUUCGUUGUAGAAAGGUUCAAAGCCAUCCAGGCCUUUGUGCCCGAGAGCUUCCAUAAAAUUAAAGUGACUCAUGAGCAUGAAGACUGCCUCGUAGAGUUCAACUGGAAGAGGCAUCGACUCUUUAACCACACCGCCUGCCUUGUCCUCUAUCAAAUGUGCAUUGAGGAUCCGAUAGCGACAGUAGUGGAAGUGGGGAGUAAGCCAAAGAGCAAAUGGAGGCCCCAGCCCCUGGAUACCGUGGAGCUCGAAAAAUUGGCCUCACGCAAGUUGAAAAUAAAUGCGAAGGAAACCAUGAGAAUUGCAGAAAAGCUCUACACUCACGGGUUCAUCAGCUAUCCCCGAACCGAGACCAAUAUUUUCCCCAAAGACCUGAACCUGGCAGCUUUGGUGCAGCAGCAGACACAAGACCAGCGCUGGGGAGACUUCGCCCAGGGAAUUCUAGACAGGGGUGGGCCGACCCCUCGCAACGGGAACAAAUCAGAUCAAGCUCAUCCCCCCAUUCACCCCACCAAAUACACCUGUAACCUGCAGGGGGAUGAACAGCGUCUGUAUGAGUUUAUCGUUCGCCAUUUUCUGGCCUGCUGCUCCCAGGAUGCUCAGGGGCAAGAAACAACUGUGGAGAUUGACAUUGCUCACGAACGCUUCAUUGCUCAUGGACUCAUGAUCCUUGCCAGAAACUACCUUGAAGUAUAUCCGUAUGAUAGGUGGAGUGAUAAGGUCAUCCCCAUCUAUGAGAAGGGAUUUCGCUUUCAACCCACCACCUUGGAGAUGGUUGAAGGAGAGACCAGCCCACCUCAGUUGCUCACAGAAGCCGAUCUCAUUGCCCUCAUGGAAAAGCAUGGCAUUGGCACGGAUGCCACCCACGCGGAGCACAUCGAGACCAUCAAAUCACGGAUGUACGUGGGACUCACGGCAGAUAAGAGAUUCCUCCCGGGGCAUCUGGGCAUGGGGCUUGUGGAAGGAUACGAUGCCAUGGGAUAUGAGAUGUCCAAACCUAACUUACGGGCUGAGCUGGAGGCCGACCUGAAGCUCAUCUGUGAAGGGAAGAAGGACAAGUUUGUGGUUCUGACGCAACAAGUUCAGAAAUAUAGGCAAGUUUUCAUUGAAGCGGCGGCCAAAGCCAACAAACUGGACGAAGCACUGUCCCAGUACUUCGGGGAAGCGGCAGAAGUGGGCCAGCGAGAAGAAAUCUACCCAGCAAUGCCAGUGCCCAUCAGGAAAUGUCCUCAGUGUAAUAAGGAUAUGGUUCUCAAAACCAAGAAGAAUGGCGGAUUCUACCUCGGUUGCCUGGGUUAUCCGGCCUGUAAAGCAGCAGUCUGGUUUCCCGAUUCUGUCUUGGAAGUGAGCAAGGAUGACAGCGUGUGUCCCGAUUGUGUACCUCAUCCGGUUUACAAGUUGAAAUUCAAAUUCAAGCGCGGCAGUAUUCCCCCAACUAUGCCACUGGAGUUUGUUGGGUGUAUCGGGGGAUGCGAUGAGGCCCUCAGAGAGAUCCUGGACCUGCGAUAUUUUCAAGGUCCCCCAAGAGCCCUCGAUCCGGCCAGCCACUUACAGAUUAACCAGUCGCUGAACCAGGUGGGGAGUAGGCACAACCACCGACCCAGGCCACCCUCCGAGGGACGGAGCAGACCGCUCAACCCCUCAUCCAGGACUCACCCGUCAUUCCCCACCGCUGCCGAAGGGAGCAACUCCGUGAUGUGCAACUGCGGCCAGGAAGCGCUGCUGCUCACGGUCCGGAAGGACGGACCCAAUCAGGGCAGGCAGUUUUACAAAUGCGGCGCAGGUGGUUGCAGUUUCUUCCUCUGGGCUGACCAACAGGCGGAAGAUGGCACCUCAGGGGCGGCCAGGACCGCGGUGGCUCCGGCACCUCCUCCCGCCGAAGGUAACAGGGUGGGAUAUGGGAGCUCCGGAGGUGGCAGAGUCAGCGGGGGCACCAACUGCAUGUGCAACCAGCCGGCCAUCACCCGGGUAGUCCAGAAGGAUGGGCCCAACAAGGGACGCCAGUUCCACACGUGUCAGAAGCCGAGAGAGCAGCAGUGUGGUUUCUUCCAGUGGGCAGAUGAAAAUACGGCACCAGGGACUUUUUCCGCGCAAGGUUUCGGAGGCAGAGGACAGCAAAGGGGGCCAAGAGGGAGAAGCAAAAAACCCGGAGCCAAUUCCACAGUCGCCGGGCCCACCUCCAAGAGACCACGGACAUGUGGAUUCUGCCACCAGCCGGGACACACACGGGUCUCCUGUCCUCAGAAUAGGUGACGGGGGCAGGGAAAGGUGGUCCCAGACCCACCCGCUCUCAAGGACAAUCAGUGGUUAUUUUUAUAACAAACCCAGAAGCCUAUGCAGCACUUGGAACAGCAGACAGCGGGCAGGACAUUCUAGAAAUGCAGCCCUUUCCUAGUCGCCCUGUUUCACGUACAUCAAGCCACAGAUUUCACGCUGGCCUGGGAGAAAUCAACCAGUGUCAGACGAGCUCCGGACUGGGACAGGCCGAGGGCAAUCUGCUGGCAGAGAAGAGAUCCCCCCCAGUUUUGGGGGUCGGGGUGUACGGCAAGCGCUAAAACUCAUUGGCUAGAAUCCCAGGGGUUGGCGCAUUUAUGUAUAUAUCGGUUUUCAGUCAUCAGCAGCAGGAAAUUCUCUCCUGCACGUGCCCUUUAACAGGUUGCUGCAACCUCAGAAAGCUCAGCUCACCAGCCCAAGCCAUCAAAAGUCGUUGAAGCUGGCCCUCUCUCCCUCAGGGCCCUAGACUCAGACGUGGCCGCCUCUUGUCAGCUUGCGAGGGGAGGGGGUUCAGUUCGUGCACUAAAGCUGACGCUGCCGACCGGUACGCUUGAAGGACGGUGGGGGACUCCAAACCACAUCCCAUCUGAUCUCUACCUCUACUGAGGGGUUGACCGGACCCCUGAAUGUCAGUAAAGGAUGAGAGAGCACGCCUUUGGCAGAGGUGCCUGCUCUGAAGUGGUCAGAACAAGUGCGUUUCCCCUGCUCCCCCUCCCGAGAGCAACUCUUCCAGUCCAGAAGCUACUAGAAUUGCGUGCGGUAGCUCAUGUGAAAUAAAAGUGUCUUUUAAAUUCUUA